AUUAUUCGUAUCGGGUGUCUUUUCCUUUGCUUGCGAAGCAAUUCCAUUUCAGGCUUCCAGCUGACAUUUUAUGAACUCUCUCUCACUUGAGCUCAAAGCAAAAUCACACAAUCCUUUAAAAAGAUAGCAGAAAAAUGAGCGCUACUGAUCACUCAAAUGAAGAAGAACGCUUCGACGUCCUCACUAAAACUGGUCAAAAAACCGGUAUCUCCAAACCCAGAGGAGCUGUUCACAGAGAUGGGGAUUAUCACCGAGCUGUUCAUGUGUGGAUUUUUGCUGAAAGUACACAAGAACUUCUUCUACAGAAACGGGCUGACUGCAAGGAUUCAUGGCCUGGAUUAUGGGAUAUCUCUAGUGCUGGUCAUAUAUCUGCUGGGGAUUCAUCCCUUAUCACUGCCAGGAGAGAGCUUCAAGAAGAGCUUGGUCUGACACUCCCAAAUGAUGCCUUUGAAUUACUUUUUGUUUUCCUGCAACAGAGUGUCACAAAUAAUGGUAAUUUCAUUAACAAUGAAUUCGAUGAUGUUUAUCUCGUUACAACAGUAUCCCCAGUUCCCUUGGAGGCUUUUACUCUUCAGGAAUCUGAAGUUUCUGCUGUUAAGUAUAUCUCCAUUGAGGAGUAUAAGCAGGCCCUUGCUAAAGAAGAUCCUAAGUAUGUUCCCUACAGUCUAGAGGGGCAAUAUGGUCAACUUUUUGACAUAAUUAUGAAAAGGUACCAUUGCAAUGUGGAAGCACCAAGUUUGGAUCUUCAAAAGAAGCUCAAUCGUUAUGCUCCUAUCUCACUUACUGCAGAGUUGACUGGUUUGACCGAGGAAGACAAGGAAGCAUUAGUGUUACUCAUUCAUGCUGCAAGAAUGAUGGAUGAUAUUUUCCAUCAGCAGGUUUUAUUCAGCAAUCCAUCUCUAAGAGAAUGGUUAAAGGGGAAUGCUCAUAAGUCUCAUUUUGACAAGUUGAAAUGGAGUUAUUAUUCAGUGAACAAAAGCCCAUGGUCUUGCCUUGAUGAAAAUGAAGCAUUUUUGACAACUGCAGACUCUGCCAUUAGAUUACUUCCGGAAUCAACAAAGCCGAUUCCAGGGUGGAAUGGAAUUGAAUACAAGGCUGCCUUUCCCUUGAAGAAACCACCUGGUGCUAAUUUCUACCCCUCAGACAUGGAUAAAAUGGAAUUUGAGUUAUGGACAAAAGGGCUUUCAGGUGAUGAGAAACAAGAUGCAGCUGGGUUUUUCAGUGUUAUUAAAAGGCAUAGUGAUUUGCAUUCCAAUUCCAAUAAUAAAGUUACUCCUUCCAGUGAUCUCUAUAGCAUUCCUUAUUCUCAAGAGUAUUCUGCAAUUCUUGCAAAAGCUGCUGAAUUAUUGCAUAAAGCAGGUGAUUUGACAAGUUCACCUAGUUUGAAGAAACUUCUACAUAGCAAGGCUGAUGCUUUCCUUUCAAAUGACUAUUAUGACUCUGAUAUAGCCUGGAUGGAGUUGGAUUCUAAGGUGGAUGUUACUAUUGGCCCAUAUGAGACUUAUGAAGAUGUACUAUUCGGAUACAAGGCCACAUUUGAGGCGUUUAUUGGAAUUCGGGAUGAUAGAGCAACUGCUCAAGUUAAACUGUUUGGAGACCAUUUACAGAUUUUGGAGCAAAAUCUUCCAUUGGACACCAUUUAUAAAUCAUCAGAAGUAAUAUCCGCACCUAUACGUGUUGUGCAUCUUGUUUAUAAUUCAGGGGAUGUGAAGGGUCCUCAAACAGUUGCAUUUAAUCUUCCAAAUGAUGAGCGAAUAGUAAAAGAUCGUGGCACAUCAAUGGUGAUGCUGAAGAAUGUUUCUGAGGCUAAGUUCAAGCUUAUUCUGCAGCCUAUAGCUGAUGUAUGCAUUAUAAAAGAACAACAAGAACUUGUUGACUUUGAUUCUUUUUUCACUCACACAAUUUGCCAUGAAUGUUGUCAUGGGAUAGGACCACAUACAAUAACACUUCCAGAUGGUCAAAAGUCAACUGUGAGAUUGGAGCUACAAGAACUCCAUUCAGCUUUGGAAGAAGCCAAAGCCGACAUUGUUGGUUUGUGGGCCCUAAAAUUUCUUAUUGAUAAGGGUGUGCUUCCAAAGAGCCUGGUGAAGUCAAUGUAUGUUUCUUACCUUGCAGGUUGCUUCCGGUCUGUACGUUUUGGGUUAGAGGAAGCUCAUGGAAAAGGUCAAGCUUUACAAUUCAACUGGUUAUAUGAGAAAGGGGCAUUUGUUUUACAUCCUGAUGAAACAUUUUCUGUUGACUUUGAUAAGAUUGAAGAUGCAGUUGAGGGGUUAAGUAGGGUUAUACUAACAAUACAAGGAAAAGGGGACAAAGAUGCUGCUCGACAACUUCUUAUAAAAUACUGUGUCAUGACACAGCCUUUAAAACUUGCUUUGAAAAAACUAGAAAUGGUUCAGGUUCCAGUGGAUAUAAUUCCGGACUUCCCAGUUGCUGAUAAAUUGCUCCAAGAGAAGUCAUAAAUUGUUUUGUUGAUCAAAUCGGAUGGAUUAUGAUGCCUAUAUAGAGAAGUAAUUUUCCAAGGAGAUGAAUAAUUAGAG